AUGGUGCUUGUUGCUGCUAAGAACCCCGAGAGCUCCUUGUCAACCACCGUGACAUUUGCCGCCUACUACUGGGCUGGAUCGGUAUACGCUUACCAGGCAACCUUCUUCGCAUGGUGCAACGAUGCCAUGCGAAUUGAUGCGCCCAUGUUCCGUGGUAUCGUGUUUGCUGGGAUGAAUAUGGGCGCCAGCUCUGUCUCUUGGUUUAAUGUAUGUUAUCUAUCUGUUAAGUCCCAUUCGGCAAUACUCCUUGCUGACAUUUCUUUCCGUAGCGAGGCAUGUAG